AUGGAUGUCCAGACGGAGAACGUGGACCCCCCACCUUGUGAAUCCCAACCAAGUGGAAAAACACGAAAAGGAUUCAAGCUGUUUGGCAAACGCAAGCCCGGUAACAUCUUUUCUCUUAAAAACAAGUCACCUGUCAGCAGGAGCCAAACCCUCGAUGGAUUACCCGAAGGCGCCGCGCUUGAUGCCGAGCUGGAGGCGGAUAAGGAGAAGGCGCGGGAGGUGAGUCAAGGAGACAGCGAGCACACGGAGGAAGAGCCGACGGGCGAAGAUGGCGUCCUGCCCGCCGCUCGCAACUCCAUCUCUUCAAUCGGAUCGACCAAGUCCAUCAGUUUUUUCUCGCGGCUGAGGGGAACCCGGAGAGGAGGGGGGGAACGCAGAGUCCACACCGUCUGCCAGCCAACGACAAGACAACGGCAAGGAUUGAAGGGCCUCUUUGGCAGCAUGAAGUUACGCCUGAAAGACAAGGAAGACAAGGUGGACGCUCCCCCGAGCCCACUCCUCAUGUCCUCCCGCUCCAACAGUGUGGAAAUUAUCAAAGAGGACAUUGGCCUCACCCCCAAAUCUUGUCCUCGCUCUCCGGAGAGCCAUGAGAAAGUGACCCGUGAGAGCUCCCCGAUACCAGCGAGCGACGCGAGCGGAACUGAGAAGGAUGCGGCACCUCUGCCUGCUACAGAAGCUCCAGUGGUGCCAUCUGAGAGCAGCCUGGGCUCCUUGCUGGAAGACAUCUCCUCACUCCUCACCUUUGAGUCCAUCUCAGGAGGCAAUAUCAUGGCUGACACCUGCCAGCACUUCUCCUCUGACCUCCACUUCUGUGACCACCUCUUCCUCACCUGUAGCUGUCGGCGGUCCUUCUAUUACUUGUGUGACAACCCCAACCUCGUCUUCUGUAGCUACGCCAGUCGUAACCAGUUUGACCAAACCCUUGACUCUGACGAACGAAUCCCCAUCACUCAACCAAAAUCCCCUGCUCCCCCUGCCACUACCCCCGUGCCUUUGCCAAGUCCAACUGCAGCAUUUGACAAGACAAGCGCCAACGAGCCGUCAACAAACGGACAGUUGUCUCGGCCGAGUAGCACAGAUGAACAGAAACUGGAGGAACAGCAUAAUGGGUCACGCGCCGACGUCUCCAAAGAAAGGAGGACACAAGUAAAGACAAUUAGCAAAAUACCCGUGGUUGGAGGAGCCCGAGCUGGCAAGCUACCAGUGCGAGACAGCCAACAUACUGAUGACGAGUCAAGCAGAGACCCGCCAACCCCCAACCAAGAGGACAAGCGGUUUUUGGACAACACUGGGAGCAGAGACAAACAUGGCAGUGUGGAGGUCCAUGUGGCCACCUUCAAACACAGCCAGGAGGAGAGUCAGCAGAUUCAGCAGUCUAAAACCCCCGCCGGUGUUCCGCGUGACUCCAAGAUCCCCGUCAAGCACGGAGCACAGUCUCCAACCGCAUCGCAAAUACCACAAGCUAAAGAAACCCCUCGUACCAAGAUACCCGUCUCCAGAGUCCCGGUCCGCAGGGUCAACCAAUAG